CAUCGCACUCGCAGUUUUAUUUAUCAAUCAGUUCAGUUCAGUAUGAUUCAUCCAAUCAACGCAAGCGAACAGCUCUUGCUUACAAAAAAGCGUUUUCGAAAUAAUCUCCACUAAAAAUCGUUCUGGUAGUGUUUAAAAGUGUAUUUGAAGACGCAGUUUUAGUGACAGUGAAAGGCGAAAUUCGACGAAAAAAGGGAGGAAUUUUCUCCACUAUCUAAACAAAGAACUUUUUUUCAUAGUCUACUUUAAGAACUCCCAAAAUGUCGCUGUACCCGUCGCUCGAAGACAUGCAGGUGGACAAGAUUAUGCAAUCGCAGAAUGCGGCCAUCUCUAACGCGAUCGCCCAACAACAACAGCAGCAGCACCAAUUCAGCAUGCACGAUCCUCCACCGGCCUACACAAUGAACCCUUACGCUCAGCUAAGCAAUCUUUUGCCUGGCGCCGUUGGCAGCCCUGAGCCCGAGACAGCCAAAAAGCAGGAAUUUUUCUAUCCAGAUUUGGCGGACUACUUGGGAUUGGAGCUCAGCCGUGAGGUCAUUGCUGCCAAUAUGCCCGAAUAUUUGAACCGCGAUACUCGGAUGGCCGCUUACCAACCGGAAGUAUCUGCGGUAACCACCGUUAACAAUGCGAACAUGGUUGCACCGGUUUCUGGGGGAUCAGUCGGAUUGCAGCGUGGUCAAGUCACCAACGGAAUUCGAGAGUUGAUCCUCUGCAAAGGCGCUGAUAAGAAGGUUGGAUUGCGGGCGCAGGCCAUCCAUAAAGGAGUUUUUGUGUGUCUCGUCGUGAAGAAUAGUCCAGCAGCUUUGGCGGGAUUGCGGUUUGGAGAUCAGAUUCUGCAGGUGAACGGAACCUUGGUGGCCGGUUUUUCCGUUGACGAUGUUCACAAGUUGCUGAAGAAGAGCGACAAGAACAAUAUCUCACUGGUGGUUCGGGACCGCCCCUUUGAACGUGCUGUUACGUUGCACAAGGAUUCAGCAGGAACUGUUGGAUUCCAGUUCAACAACGGCAAGAUUACCGCCAUCGUUAAGGACUCGUCUGCCGCACGAAAUGGACUUCUUAUUGAGCACCAGAUGCUGGAAAUCAACGGACAGAAUGUGAUCGGGAUGAAGGAUAAGGAAAUUUCUCAGUUAAUAGCGGCAGGAGGUCAGAUCAUUACCGUGACCGUUAUUCCAACGAUUAUCUAUGAUGUCAUGAUGAAGAAGCUAUCUACCUCGUUUAUUAGGGGCAAGAUGGACCACUCUGUGCCCGAUUUCUAAACCAAUUGAUUACCAAAGAUGCCAAAUGAUGUUUAUUUUCAUCAGCAAUUUAUCAUACACAUAUUAAAUGCCAUUCAUGUUCGACAAAAAAAAAUCAGAUGUGCACGUUACGUCAAUUUGAGAGUGGAGUUAAACCAUUAUUUACGCACAAUGUUGAUUGGUAGAUCUGCACGAUCCAUAAAAACGCGUGACGUGAAAAAUACAAGCACGUUAAAACAUUCUUUAUAAAUCUAUACAUAUAAUCAACAAUACCAAUUGCCGCAAAAGCAUUUUAUAACAUGGAAAAACAGUGUAUCAUUAUUCCAAUAAAACAUAUAAUCAUUAAA